AUGGGAGAUACUGAACCAAAGCAUCAUCACGGCAAGCUUUCCAGUGAACACGUAGAGGACAAUGCAGCGCAAACAGCCAUUGUUGACAGCAAGCAAGGGGGUUGGAUUACCGUCCCCAUUAUCACAGCGAGUAUGCUGGGCUUGACACUUGCAGCGAGCGGGUGGAUCUCUAAUCUGAUAGUAUAUCUGAUUCAGGAAUUCAACGUCAAGAGCAUCGAUGCCACACAAAUCUUCAACACCGUCAGCGGUUUCACCACAUUGCUCCCGAUUGCCGGAUCCAUCACCGCCGACUCCUUGGGAUGCUUCCCCGUUAUCACCGUCUCCUCUUUCAUCUCUUUGCUGGGAGUAAUUCUGCUUAUGUUGACUGCUACGGUGAGCAGCCUGAGACCUCCAUCAUGCGCCAACAAAGGGUCAGCCAGUUGCCAACCUGCAUCCAACUUUCAAUACUGGGUCCUGAAUGUAUCCAUGGCCUUGGCGUCUAUAGGAAUCGGUGGCACUCGUUCCACUAUCGCCACCUUUGGCGGUGAUCAAUUUGACACGGCCGAGGAUCAAGCCCUUUUCUUCAACUGGUACUUCAUAGCAUUUUACGUCGCUUUAGGCCUCGGCAAUACCGUCGUUGUGUAUGUUGACGACAACGUUGGCUGGGGAUGGGGCUACGCCAUCUGCAUCGCUGCUAAUGUCUUUGGCAUAGCCAUUUUCUUAGCAGGUAGCAGCUUCUACCGUCAUGCUAAGCACAAAGUCAGCCCAUUCACCAGAUUAGCACAAGUUGUGGUUGCAGCCAUUCGGAAGCGCAAGCUGCCCUUAUCAUCUCAAAGCCAGGAUUAUUACUUAGGAUACGGCGGGGUUUCCACAGAAUUUGAACUUUCAGGCUAUUCAACUCCAACUCGAAGCUUCAAGUUCUUGAACCGUGCAGCACUGAGAAUGGAAGGAGACACUGGACCAGACGACUCCAUUGCAAAACCGUGGAGACUGUGUACAGUGGAGCAGGUGGAGGAUCUAAAAGGCGUCAUCAGAAUUCUCCCACUGUGGUCUACAAGCAUUUUCCUAAGCACCCCAAUUGGCAUCCAGACCGGACUAACCAUCAUUGAAGUUCUGAAGAUGGACCGUCGUGUCGGGCCGCACAUGGAAAUCCCAGCUGGGUCCUUCAUGGUCUUUACACUAUUUUCCACGGCCAUCUCCAUUUUCCUCGUGGAUCGUUUCCUUUAUCCUCUGUGGAUCAAGUUGGCAGGUCGAGCUCUGACACCGCUUCAGCGUAUCGGCGUAGGCCACUUCUUCACCAUCAUCGGCAUGGCAACGUCCGCCAUGGUAGAGUCCACCCGUCUCCAUGUUGUCAAAUCCAACCACCUGAAGACCGAGGACAAUUCCGUCGUCGCCCCCAUGUCGGCACUGUGGAUGGUGCUGCCGCUUUCCAUAAUAGGCAUCGGCGAGUCCUUCCACUUCCCUGGACAAAUUGAGUUGUACUAUCAAGAAUUCCCGGCAUCUUUGCGUAACACAUCGACCGCCAUGGUCAUGGCGCUUAUCGCAGUUGGGUAUUAUCUGAGCACGGCGGUGAUCGGUUUGGUUCGGAGAGUUACGGGGUGGCUGCCGGAUAACAUCGAUGACGGGAGAGUAGACAAUGUGUUCUGGAUGCUGGCUGGGAUAGGAGUGAUCAACUUUGGUUACUAUUUAACAUGCGCCAAGCUGUACCAGUACAAGAAUACCAAGAAGGGUGGAACUCGUUCCGACCAUUCGGAUAACUCUGUUUGA